AUGUUUGGGACAGCGAUAAGGUGUAUUGCGAGGAAACCAAAACCGCAGAUGAAACCCAUAGAGCUCAAAACCCCACCUGAGCAGACGCAGACCAUCACUAGGGCCAUCUUCGAUAUCGUCAAGGAGCAUGGUCCUCUCACCAUUGCUGAAACCUGGGAUCACGUUAAGGAAGUUGGGUUGAGAGGAUUGACGAGCAAGAGGCACAUGAAGAUAGUGCUGAGGUGGAUGAGGGAGAGGCAGAAGCUUAGACUAAUUUGCAACCAUGUAGGGCCUCAGAAGCAGUUUCUGUAUACGACUUGGUUUACAAAGCCCAACCUCAAGCAGCAGGGAAAACCAGUAAAUGAUUCUCCACAACCCAAGUCUCCUUGA